AUGAUCAGAUUCGCUCGAUUCGCCACGCGUUCCCCAUUCCAAUCGAACGUUCCCUUGGACGACGCGCGCGACACCGGCGACUCUGCGGACGCCGACGCCGAUCCGCGCGUGCACACCGACGGACUGUACGAAUACAUACCGCACGAGAGUCUGAACGUCUCGCUGAGCGAUCUGUCGGGCUACGAGGAGCAGCACGCGGAGUUACUGAACGCCUAUUUCGUGAUCAACGACGAGCCGGAGAGCGCCCUGUUGGCGGACGAGACGAUGGAGCGACGACCGAGCACGCGGGCCGGUGCGAACGUGAUUCUGUACGGACCACUGGGCACCGGUAAAACCGCGGCCGUUCGAGCAGUGGCCCGGUCGCUCGGUUUGAAUCUGGCGUUCGUCAACGCGGAGAACCUGCUGUCGGCCUACCGCUCGGAGACCGAGAAGAACCUGCGCUCGCUGUACUGGAAGAUGCACGCUCUCGUUCGCAACACCGGUCGCAACGUGGUGCUGCUGCUGGACGAGGUAGACGGACUGGUGAAGAAUUGCAGCGGUGCCGUGACCAGCGGCGAGUACAGUCUGCUCACGAGAUUUCUCACGAUUCUCGAACCGAACGACGGGACGGACAAUUACGGAGUGUUCAGCUUCUUCACGACCAACUGUCUCAGCAAUCUGGACGACGCGUUUCGUCGUCGGUGCGCCGCCAUGUUCAUGGGUUACGUGG